CGUCGUCUUCUUCUUCUGCUCGGCGUCCUUCUCGAGCUUUCCCGUUACGCGAAAAUGGCGGUGAGUCAGAGGCUCCCCCACCUCAUUCGAGCCUUGAAAUCAGCCCCGACGAGGCACGUCGCCGGCAACCACCUUCUCCCGUCUCUCAGACGCGCUUUUUCUCUCUACGAUCAGAUCGACCUCAUCGACAAAGUCCCUGAUGACCAGCUUCGCUUCCAACAGUAUACUGACACCGGAUUCAAGGUUAACGGAGUGGACUACGAGGGCAGCUUGCUCUGUGUCGGGAACUUGCUGAUGUCUUGGACCCCCAAGAAAUUCUCCGAGAUUACUCCUGACAGUUUAUCCAUCUUCAGCACGGUGCGGCCAAUAGCAGAGAUUCUGAUUCUUGGCUGUGGAAGGAACAUUGAACCGGUAGAUCCCGAAGUUCGGCGUUUUAUCCUGUCAACUGGCAUGAAACUUGAAGUUCUUGAUUCUAGAAAUGCAGCAUCGACUUACAACAUACUGAACGAGGAGGGCAGGAUAGUGGCUGCAGCGCUUCUCCCUUACGGAGUUUCUUCAUAACUUGCAUUCUGUUCCGAAAUUGGCCUCUCUUUUAAGGUCAGCACAAAUUUUUGUUCCAUGGGUUCCUCUUGUAAAUUUGAUGCUUGAGUGGGUAAUCUUCUUGGGUGGUCUUGGAGGAGUUUAGGUCAUUUUGUGAGAUGCCAUGUCUGCCAUGUUGCUGGCGGGGUUGGUUUGUACCUUGGUAUGCCUUGCCUACUGGUAAUAUAAACAGUGUCUCCAGUUCGGGAUGAAAUGUUCGGUUUGUUGGAAGUGUUGAUGAUCACAUGAAAUAAAAAAGCCUCAGAGGGCAGGUCAUUCUGGGACA